AUGUAUUUAAGCUUUAUUAAGGAGCAUUUUACACCUAGUUAAGAAGAACUUGAUAUUUUAGAAGCUAAAGAAACAUAGGAUUUGUAUUCUGAUGUAUAAAUUUAAGGUGGAUUUAUUUAAGUAUUCUAUAUCAAAUAUUUAGGUUUAUUCUAGAUAAUGCAGUAUAUUUGAUUCUGAAUUAUAUAAAAAAUAACUCAAAGUAUUUUAGAAAUAUUUAUUGAAUUAUGAGAAAUAAAAUUCUAAAUUAAAUGGACUUUGUCUUGAAAAAGCAUUUUAUGUGGAAUAAACUUAUUCUCUUGACUGUUAGGUUGAAUCACCAGAAACUUGGUUAAGAGAAUAAGUAACAGUCUGGUAAUUGCCUACUGAUAUAGUGAAUAAAUUGAAUUCUAAGUGUUUUACUUUUGAAGAUAUAGCUAAAAGGCAUGGUAAUUAAAUGGUUGACAUUCGAAUUCAAGAUCCAAAUACAGAUACUUUUACUCCAACAAUUGAAUAGAAUUGUAUAGCUAAUUAAAUGAGAAUUGAUGAGUAUUGCAAAUAUUUAAAAAAUAAAACAGAGUUCUUUUAAAAACAUACAGAAUAUUCAUCUGAUAAAGUUCUAUUUGCUGUAAAUGUAGAUAUGGAUAAUUGGGAUGAAGAAACAGGUUAAUUAUAUGAAUAUAUGCCACAAUCAUUAUUAAAAUAUGAUGGAUUAGUAUAUAUGAGACAAUUCUGUUUAGGAGUUAAUAUUCCAUAGAUAUAUAUAAAGACUAAAGGAGUUUGGACUGGUGGACAUUAAGAAAAUUCAUCAGUAAAUUCUUUAAAUUUUAAUCAUGGUCCAGGAGAUUGUCUUUGGUUAACUGUAGAUGCUCAACAUGUAAAAAAAUUAUAUGAAAUAAUGCCAAAUCUAUAUUAAAUUGAAGGCUUAUGGUUUAAGGAGAUUGAUUUCUUUUUGGAAAACAAUAUACCCAUAAAAUAUACAAUAUAAAAAAAAGGAGAUCUAGUGAUUUUGGGAGCUGGAUGUCUACAUUGGGUAAAGAGUCUAGGAAAUACUAUAAAUACAUCUUGGAAUUUAUUAGUUUAUUCAGAAGAUACAUUUCAAUAAAUAUAUGAUAGAUAACUUAUUAAUGACCAAUACUAAAUAUCAAGUGUUCUACCUAUUAAGAAUUUGUUUCUAGAUAUUUAUAUACAUCGUAAAUCUCCUGUAUUAAAAACAUUCUUACAUAAAUUUAUAUAGGAAGAUAUAGAUAAUUACUUAAAGUAAUCUACAAAAAUAAAGAAUUGUAAAAAGAAAUUCAAUUCUAGAGAAGUAUUGUAAUGUAAUAAUUGCAAAAUGGAAAUUUUCAUCUUUUAUUAAAUAAAAAAUGAUUAAACAUUUAGAUGUAUUAAAUGUCUAGAUGGAGAAGAAGUAGAAAUCUUUAUGAAAUAUAAACCAACUGAACUUAUUUUAGUUUUAAAUGCAGAAAAGUUUUCUUGCAGUCCUACUUUGUGUACAAGAUAUAUGGGAAAUACAGAAUGUUAACUUGAUAAAUAAACAGAAGAAUUUUAAAGUGAAAGUUAUUAAUCUAGUAUAGAUUUAAGUAAAAGUGCAGAAGAAUAAUCUAAAACUAAAUUUACUAGAAGAAAGGAAAAAAGUAAAACUUCAAAAAAAUCAUCAUAGACAUAAUAAUAAGAUAGGUAAAAUUGUAUUAUUUAUUUAGAAAUUCAAGUGCUUAAACAAAUCAUUAAAAUAGGCAAAAGAGACCCUAUAGAAAGAAAACUAAAGGAUAAGAUGAUUUAAUUUCUGAAAUUUGUACAUCCUAAAAAUCACAUAAAAAAAAUGAAAAUAAUAAUACAAAAUCUAAGUUGAACAAAAAGAUUUAAAAGGUUUAAAAACUAGAAAGCAGUGUUAAAAGUGUAUCUAGUUCAGGUUUCGAUAGUCAUUCUUAAAUUCAAUUAAUUAAAAAAGGAAAAAAAUAAAAUGAAUUAUGA